UUUCACAAAGUAAAGGGAUCCUGGAGCUGCCUGGUCCUGAACAGCAACACCUAUGGCCUGAGAGCUGUUAGAGGACAAGAGAGUGCUUGCUAUGGGACCACAGAACAGCUGGCUGCAGGGAAACCGCUGCUGGGAUAUUUGGGAACUGCUCAAAGAUUAAAAUCCAGCCUGUUGUAAUUCUUUUUACAACCUCCCAACCCCCAAAGAAAGUGAAAGCCAUGGGCUGGAAGGGUAUAUAAGCAGUGGGGAGCAGCAGCAGCAGGGCACGGGAAGCUGUGCAGAGCUCACCUCUCCUGCCCGGAGCUCCAUUGCCUCCAGACCAUCCUCUGCUAGACUUAGCAGCAAAAUGCAGCGGGUGCAUCUUCUCUGCUUCAGUCUCCUGUUGCCGGGACAUAUCCUGGAUGGCACCAUCCUGCCGCAGCCCUGUCACCCUCCAGGGAAGCUGGGAGAGGUGCAGCUGGCCUCCUCUAGUGUUCCUCCUCCAGUGCACAGCAGGAGCAACGUCCUUGACUGCUGCCUGCGGACAAGUGAGGUGCCCAUCCCAUGGUGGAUCGUGCAGGAUUACUGGCUCCAGCUGGUGCAGGAUGGCUGUGACAUCGAUGCUGCCGUAUUCAUCACCACAAAGGGCAAGUGCCUCUGUGCACCCCUCCAUUCCCCGUGGGUGAUUCGACUCCAAAAGAGGCUGGAUGCCACCUUUGCCAAGAGGGGCAAGUAGGUCCUCAAGAAGCAAUUGCUGGUCCCAACAGCUGGAGGAGACCAUCUCCCAGCUGUGAAUCUGAUGCUAACAGAGCCAACCUGCUUCCACCUCCAGCCUCAGGGCUGACCCUCCUUGAGAAUCAUGCCGGUGUAUGGGACUCGGCAGAACCCUGUCUGCUCUGUCUUUGACAAUGUGACCCAGAACCUGCAUCAGACUGAGCCAGAGGCUGCUGGACUCCAUCAUCUUUGCAGCCUAGAAGUUGUUUGAUGGAGUGAUCUGUGAGGUGAGCUGGGGACUCUCAGACUUCCCAUCAACACAGCAGUUGUGACCUCCAGCUAUAGUCUGAUCCCUUUGGUUUCUAUUGUGUACCCCAGCCUAGAAUCCUUCUGCAUCCCUGGGCAGGGCUGCCAGCAUAGAACAGUGUGGGGCUGGAGGGGAGUGAUGAAGAUGUUCCACAAUGGCCAUACAUUGUACUGAUUCUUGCCAAGCACAACCCAGAUGCCCCAGAAAAUGUGUAACUGAUGUGGUUCUCUCACUCCUGAAUUCCCUGCACUGUUUCCCUUCUGCCCUUCCUUGCAAGGGUAGAAAUAUAGCCACUAAUGCAGAGCAGGCAGAGAUGUGGCCCUUAGCCCCUGCUCUCCUCCAGGACAUUGCACCCUUUCUCAGUCCCUCAGCCUGACACCACUGUCCCAGCCUGCCCCAUGCCCAUGCCUGGAGAUUGUGCUGCUCUCGUUAUUUACUGCUAGAUCUGUUCAUUGCAACAAUUCCAUGUGUAUGCCUCUUCUUUACUCUCUCUUUUUUAUUGUGCUGUGAUUUUGAUAAAUAAAAAGAGAAGCCAGCA